GGAUUUGUAGCACGUAGUUUGUCAGCUGUCAUUAGCCACUGAUGACACACAGUGACGGAGGUGCUGUCACAGAGGAGAAGCUACAUGUGUGUGUGUGUGUGAGCGGCCGCGUGACUGUGUGUGAAGUGUGAAAACCUGUAUGUCUGCCCGGCCGGCAUGGGAUGGUGGUUCGGCUCUGAGCUGGUUAUGGACUGGUUCCAACAAAGCAGAGGUGCUGAUAUCUGAUGAAGAUGAGUAGUGGAGGGGCGAACACGCCGGAGCCCCCUCGAGGGGGAGACGCUCUGAAGAGGAAGGACUGUCCGUCCGAGCUGCUGGGGCCCAGCCCUAAACGGAGCACUGAGAGGAGGAACCGGGAGCAGGAGAACAAGUAUAUCGAGGAGCUUGCAGAGCUGAUCUUUGCCAACAUCAACGACAUGGACGACCUCAACGCCAAACCAGACAAAUGCGCCAUCCUCAAAGAGACGGUGAAGCAGAUCAGGCAGAUCAAGGAGCAGGAGAAAGCUCCAGUGGCUGAUGCUGAGGAGGUGCAGAAGGCUGACGUCUCCUCCACGGGACAGGGGGUCAUUGAUAAAGACACUCUUGGGCCCAUGAUGCUGGAGGCUCUGGACGGUUUCUUCUUUGUGGUCAACCUGGAGGGCAACAUCGUCUUUGUCUCGGAGAAUGUCAGCCAGUACCUGCGCUACCACCAGGAGGAGCUGAUGAACACCAGCGUCUACAGCGUGCUGCACGUAGGAGACCACGCCGAGUUCAUCAAGAACCUUCUGCCCAAGAGCCUGGUCAAUCAUCAGAGCAGUGAUUCAUCCCACAGGAGCAGCCACACCUUCAACUGCCGCAUGCUGGUCAACCCGCAUGUGGACGGUGAAGCCCAGCCGCCCUCAGAGCAGCAGGAGAAGCAGAAGUACGAGACCAUGCAGUGCUUCGCCGUCUCCGAGCCCAAGUCCAUCAAAGAAGAAGGCGAAGAUUUCCAGUCUUGUCUCAUCUGUGUGGCAAGAAGAGUUUCUGUCAAAGAAAGACCCGCGAUGCCGAUGUACGAGAGCUUCACCACACGACAGGACCUCCAAGGGAAGAUCACGUCUCUGGACACCAGUCUACUGCGGGCGUCCAUGAAGCCAGGCUGGGAGGACUUGGUUCGACGCUGCAUCCAGAGGUUUCACCUGCAAAAUGACGGCGAGAUUUCAUUCGCCAAAAAACACCAGCAGGAAGUGUUGAGGAACGGCAACGCACUCAGUCCCAUGUACCGCUUUGCCCUGGCAGACGGCACCGUAGUCUCGGCUCACACCAAAAGCAAACUGGUCCGAUCUCCAGUCACCAACGAACCGCAGCUUUACAUGUCCCUGCACAUCCUGCAGAGGGAGAACAUGGGUGGCAUCGCCACAGACGUAGCUGGUGGCCAGGGCCUAGUUAACCCAAUGACCCCAACCAGUGUGAGUGCUCCUUCCCCCUCCCCUGAUGCUAGUGUGAGCAGCAACACCCACCCCUCCCCACUGGCUGCUAACACCCCUGCACGCGGCUUUGGGGCGGCCUUGGCCCGAGCACCCACGCCUCAGGGAAACAGCCAUGCGUUCAAGGUUGGCAGCCCUUCAGCCCAGAGAAGCCCCAGUGUCACCUCAGGGGCCCAGGGGGCCAUGUUGUCUCCUCGUCAUCGCCAGAGCCCCAGUAUGGCAGCUAACAGCGACAGCCCCCAUCUUCCUCAUAACCCAUCUGGUUCUUACUCUCCUGCAGCCAGCCUCCACUCGCCCGGGUCAGUUUGCAGCAGCACAGGAAACAGCCAAGGGUUCAACUCCCUCAGUGCACUUCAGGCGCUCAGCCAGGGCCACAGGGUUUCCCAGGGUCUCAUGGAGGGGCACAAUCCAGAGUCACCUGACACAAAACCAGUUGGUCUGAAGAGUCCGCUUAACAGCAGCAGCGCUGGCAGCCAACUGACCAAGAACUGUUCCAGUUUAGAGGCUGACUUAUUCGGAACCUUCGAAGAUCAAGACUUGUCAUCUCAGAACCAAGUGGGUGAGCAAGGAGACGGGAAAGAUGAUGAUCCGGACAGCUUUGGAGCUAACGGAGGUCUGGAUGAGUUUGGCGAUGGUUCAAAUCACCUCCUUAAUACCAAAGGGCACACCAAGCUGCUGCAGCUGCUCACCACCAAGCUAGAACCCUCUGAUCCAGGCUCACCUCCCGGGUCUCUGGGCGACCAGAGCUGCAAGGACCAGCUGAGCGGCGCUGGGCCUGUGGGGGGAACUGGACACAACAACCACUCCACCUCACUAAAGGAAAAGCACAAAAUACUUCACCGCUUGCUGCAGAACAGCACCUCGCCUGUGGAGCUGGCCAAGAUAACGGCCGAGGCCACGGGGAAAGACUCCACUGGUCCUGAGUCGGCCGCCGGGGACAGCGUGGCCGCCCUGGGGGAACUCUGCGCCAAACAGGAGCCAGGCAGCCCCAAAAAGAAAGACAAUGCGUUGCUGCGCUACCUGCUGGAUAGGGAUGAUAACACCAUCCUGGAUAAAGUCAUCAAGAUGGAACCUGGUGAAGAACAGAAGCUGUCCAGUGUUAAGAGGGAGAAACCGGACUCAGGUUUCAACAUGGCCGACCAGACCAGUGAGCUAGAAGACCUGCUGGAGGACCUGCAGAAUGGUGGCCAGCAGCAGCAGCUGUGUGCAGCUCAGCCGCCGGCCAGAGGACCCUCCUCCUCCUCCUCUUCCUCCGUGCAGCAAAGUCCCUCUGUGGACAAAGCCAGCGACAUCAACGACUUCCUGCAGAUGACGAACAGCAGCAGCAGCACCAGCCCCCACAGCCGGCACCGAGGCUUCCCUCCUGCCGGCUUCAACGGUGCCAGGAUGGGCCAGCCGGGCCGAGGAGCUGCUCCAGCCAGGACCAUGUCUGUGGACAGCAGCAUGGUCCCCAGCCCCACGAGGCCUUUCCCUCCCCAGCACAGGAACAUUAGCCCCUACUCCUUACUACAGCAGCAGCAGCAAGGCAUGAUGGGAGCUCACACAAGCAUGGCCAACCCUGCAAUGGCAAAUCCAGGAGGGCCAAUGCGAGGCUCCAUGCAGCAGAGCUGGGCUCCACAAGGGCCCAUGAUGGGUCAGGGGGUGGGACCAGGUCGCGUGGUGCCCAGUACCGUGCAGCCCACGAGAGGCCCGCCCGGGUCCAGAGCUAUGGUCAGCAUGCAGAUGAUGGGCACCGAGAUGGAAAUGGGAAAUCCUGCUUAUCCCCAACAAGUUCCACCCAACCAGACAGCACCAUGGCCAGACCGCAUGAUGAUGGACCACUAUGGUAACCACAGCAGGCCACAGUACAACAUGCCACAGGAGGACACUAUGGGAUGUUGUGGCGCGGGGUCCGAGGCCCAGGCCGACGAAGGAGCCCUGCUCAGCCAGCUGUGCUCGGUGCUGAAGGACUAUGAGGGUCUGGAGGAGAUCGACAAGAUGCUGGGAAUCCCCACGCUGGCCGGACAGGCUCCUCCCUCAGACCAGGACCAGUACAUGGGCUCCUCGGACCCAGUGGGCAUGAAGCCUCCCCAGUACAGCCAGCACUACAGCGGCCAGCCGGGUUACGGCGGCAUGCCUCCUGACGGCGCCUUCCACGGCCCCUCCAUAGGCAGGCACAUGGGGCCGCAGAGGCUGCCCCCUGCUGGGUACCCCCCGGUGAUGCGGAUGCCUGGCAGCGCAGGGCCCAGACCCACCGGGAUGAGGCCCGGGGUCCCACAUCCCAUAGCUCCACCUCAGCCCAACAACCUAAGAAUACAGCUGCAGCACAGACUCCAGGCCCAGCUGAACCGCCAGCCAAUGGUGAACCAGAUGAAUCUACCUCUCAGGUCUAAUGUACCAAACCAGGGAACCGUCAACGCCCAGAUGCUGGCCCAGCGUCAGCGCGAGUACCUCAGCAACCACCUACGCCAACGCCAACAGCAGCAUCAGCAUCAGCAUCAGCAGCAUCAGCAGCAACAGCAUCAGCAGCAGCAGCAUCAGCAGCACGUGCACCAGCAGCGCGCCAUGAUGAUGCGCACGCAGGGCAUGAGCAUGCCCAGCGGGGGCGCCGCCCCCACGCCCAUGCCCAUGGGCGCCUCCAACCUGCGGCUCCCACAGGGCAACCCGCAGCAGUUCCCCUACCCAGCCUCCAGCUACGGUACCGGCCUGCCCUCUCCUCCUCCACCUCCUCAUCCCGGAUCCUGCAGCCCCUUCUCCUCCCCUCUAUCCCCCAGCCAUCAUCUGGCUAGCCAGGGCAUGAUGGGAAAUGUGGGCGGGCAGUACGGUGGGGUAAUGAGUCCACCAUUACAGCACAGUGCCUUCCAGUAUGGCAGUGCAGGAAUGAGCCAACAGCAGCAUCAGGAUCCCGGGUUUUCGUGCGGGGCCACCACCCCACAGAGCCCUCUGUUAUCCCCCAGGAUGGGCCAGGGUCAGAGCCCCAUGCUGCAGCAGGCUCCGGGCCAGCCGCAGACCCAGGCCCAGGGUCUGAGCCACGGGGGGCCUCCCGGCUACCAGCCCCCCAGCGACCUCAACGGAUGGCCUCAGCCUGCCAGCAUCUCCACCAGCAACAGUGUGUACCCCCAGCAGAGCCAGUACUCCACACAGCCCAAUGGAGGAAUGUACCACAGCAGCAGCACCAUGAAUCUGGGAGUGAUGAGCAGCAGCGGCAGCAACAUGAACCAGCUCCCAGGACAAAUGACCCCCAUGAGCUCAGAGCAGGUGAGCAACAGCAGCCUAAUCCUGGAGCAGCUGGCAGGUAUUGACAUGCUGACACAGGAUGGCGAUGCCAGUUCAAACUUUUGCUGAUGCCGUCAGUGGCUGACAGAAGCUAACGCCGGUGAAGCUAACGCCGGUGAAGCUAACGCCGGUGAAGCUAACGCCGGUGACCCUGCCCCCGCCUGAUGGAAGCACCGUCUUUGACAUCAGCAGACUCAGAGGCACAAACGUGGCUCACGCUGAUUUGACUUGUUAUGCAAAGAGUCAGGAUUCACAGGGAGGAUGUCGUCUGAAGCGUCUAGACGACAAACACAAGGACGAAGCUAAAAGAGGAGCCUCAGAAUGCUGUCACCACUUCCUGCAUCCAAGUUUUAUGGACUGUUUUUUAUUUUACAUAUUUAUUGUGUUGUUUGAAAUUUAGUAAUGAAAACAACAAAUUAUGCUUCAAAAGCAGAACAUCAAUCAGCCGCAUUUGGUUUUUAUCAAAACCAACCAAGUCUAUUGAACACAUACAGUAAAUCACUGGGUGGAGAAAAGGGUAAAUCAUGAUGCAGAUCCACUGGUUCACACAUGAUCUCUAAUGCACCUGGGUACAGGCAGGUUUCAUUAACCACGUGGUGGUGAAGAGGUGUCGGUUUAUUAUAUUAACAUAAAAAUACCAAUCACAUUAACUUGUUUAAACGUAUUCUAGUGUAAUUUAUGUUAUUUAUUAGUAAUUUAUUCAUAUUAAAAUUGGAUAGUCAGUCUCAUUUAUCUUGGAAGUCGUGUGUGUUCAAACUGUGAUUUUUUUUUCCCUGCAACAUGAUUUAAUCAUCGUUUUGAUUUUAGGGGCUCGUGUUUAGACGUUGGUGUUACGGCACCAGCGGCAAAGAACUAACGGUCGUCCUCUGUUGCUGUCAGCUGCUGGGCUGAGCUGGUUAUAAAGCAUCAUUAACCACAUUGUUCUACAUUCACGGUACCUGAGCCAGCUUGAAUUUACACUGGAUUAUAUUGAGAUGCUCCACGGAACCAACCUGACUGGUUCUGCUCCACGCUCAGCGUCGGCUGCUGGCUGUGACCCAUUCAGACCAGGGUUUUUGGAGUAGUCUGUCUGGUGUCUGGUUCGGUCCCGGGGCCUGACUGAAAACACUGCUGUUUAGAGCUUUAGACGUGCAGGCAACACAAAAAGGACCUUUUUUGUUUAAAAAAUCUCUCAAUGGUACAUUUUGAUGUCAAUUUUUAAGAUUAAUAUAUUUCAACUGCUGUAGUUACAGUGUGCACAUUUAAUGACUUUUUCAAUGAAGGUUCAUGUGUAUAGAUAAUGUACAUACUUGGAUUUAUAGCAGCCUUUUCCCUAAGUGGCAGUUUGGGGCUUUAGUUGUAGGAACAUUUCUCAGAGACUAGAAAUAUUUUAUUUACUGAAUUAAACCUCAGAGGACGAACUGGUCAAUAUGUAAAUGAUCUGUAGAACAUGUACUUAUUUUUCUUAUAAUCAGUGGCUCCUGCUUCACUCUUUUCAUUUGAAGGUUUGGCUAAGCUAAUUAGCCAACGUGGCUCCAGCAUCUCGCUCUCUGCCUUCAGGAUGUUUCUUCUGCUUUAACCAUUCCACCGACUCUAAUGGUUUCAUCUGUCCAGUUCAUGGAUUCAUACCCAGAUUCCCAGUUCUGGGUUCUGUGUCUCCACACUACAGCCAACAUGGCGUAAAAUUCAUCAGCUUUUGUGGCAUUUUUGCUUAUGUUCACAUUUUACUUUACAAACUGUUUAGAUGUGGUGAUUAACUGAAGGACAAAUGAAAAGUGUUUUAUCUAAUGUUUGGCAUUAAAGACAAACUCUCAUACAGCAUUUUAUCUAUAUAAAUAUAUUAAAGCUCCUUCUUAAUCCAUAGACAUUUUUUAUUAUUUCCAAAAUACUGUAAUUCCUGUGAGUCCCUUUAAAAUGCUGAAGACGUGGCUUAUUGCUUCAGAGCUGUGCUUUUCUCGCUGCUUUGAACUAACGUGGGUUUUAAUGUGUCACAAACUGCUGAGUAAGUCGUUUUUCUCUAGGAAUGUACUUUUUAUAGCUGAGUUGAACUUGUUAAUCAAGUGUUGGGUGACGUGUGUGGUUCAUUUGAUGAGUUGCACCUGCCAGCACCAGGCUCCUCCCUCACUAACAGUGUCUGUGGUUCCAGUCCAUUUAGAAUGAAAACGGGCUGAUGUGGACAGAAACACAGCUCACACUAUUGGAUUGUCAGAGCUCGUAUCUGUAUGAGGAUGAUUUGUCCUGUGCCACAGAGAGGAGGUACCGUUUCUAAUUCUAUCAUUGCCACACUUUUCCUGUAGAACAGGCCAUUCUUAAGAAUAUUCCACAAGGUUAAACAGACUUCUGCUCGUGAUUCAGAGUUUGACAGUGCAGUGCUAAAGUCUCCAUCGUCAGUCGAAUCCUCUGCUGUGAUGUUCAUAUUAAAGCUCUCAGAAGUUCACUUCAUGCAAGCUGUCAACUCUCAUGUCACUGUUGCCAAUGCUGCUCGUUAACUUAUGAUUCAUGCCACUGUAAAUAAAUUAUUUUUACUGA